AUGAGUCACGAAGUCACCACCUUUCUGUGGGAACUUCUAGUCUGCGAGGAGUUUCUGCGAAGCUAUUCUGCUCCAAGCGUGUUGACGCCAACAAUUUAUUCGGAGGUCCGCGGGCAACUGGACCUCGGCCCUCCGAACCGGCAUAUCGCAGAUAUUUACGGGCGCUUGAGCAGAUUGGAGAAAUCUACCCAUGCUGUAACGGCCUACACCAUAAACGACACAUCUCCCGGCCCAACAGAACCCAGCAACGAGCGCAUAGCGAACGCGAGCAACAACGCCAAAGAUUGGGAAGAACUCGAAUCAACUGUGGCAAGUUCAACACCUCGCCAGGCAACGAACUUGGACAAGAGCAAAAUCGCCUCGCAGUAUAAUGUCGGAAUUCCUUCGCCAGAUCCCGCAGCUAGCACAGUCAAACUUGGAUGUGGCUCAAAUACCCAUUUAAACUCCGGCUGCAAUGCCAGCGACUUGGUCCGUCAACUCCCGACCGUGUACACUGCACGAUUGCUUUUCGAGCACUAUGUCCAGGUAGUUGACUGCAUGCAUCGUGAGCUUCACGUCCCUUCUGCUAGCAUACUCCUAGAAGAAAGCUAUUCGCUGCUGGCCAAAUCUCUUGAAGUCUCGAGAGAAGUGCUUACCUUCUUGUUUUGUAUUUUCGCAUCCAGCUCGUUCCAUAUAUGUCAUGCGCACUGCCACCUAGCACCAAAGGGCCUCACCGACAGCUCGCAGUGGUCCGCUGUAUGGAAGAUGACCGCAAGCGACCUAAUAUAUGAUAGAAGAGUAAUGGUUUCUACCUCUCUAUUGUCUCUUCAGUCGGUAUCUAUCAUGCUUCUUCUUGAAUGGAACUCCGAGGGUCAAUCGGCAGAGUUCUAUGCUCUCAAGAGUAUUGCGUACCAGAAAGCAAUAUCCAUGGGAAUUCACAGAUUAGAUGCUGGUGCCGGUGGUAAAGACGGGAAUGUUAUUGAAUCGGAAUUAAAACGGAGACUUUGGUGGCAUCUAGCAGCUUCAGAUUGGAUUACCGCCAGUAUUCCUGGUAACCAAGAGGGCAUGUACUCUGUGAAUCCAGCACAUGCCCGAGUCACAUACCCCGCCAAUCUCGACGAUAGAGUCUUAUCAAAUUCACACCCGCCAGUGAACCUUCCAGAAGAUCAGCCAACCUCAACAUCGUUCUUGAUUCAGCGAGCCAAGUUUGCCGAGCUCUGCCGCCAACUCGCAGAUUCAAUACAAAAUGCUGGAAUAACAGAGGAGUCCCAGCCCUGCAAUCUUACCUAUGAAUUCAGCCAUCGAUUGAGACGCUUCGAGGAAGAUCUGCCGUGGUUCUUCCGUAUGGACGAAGAAAACAAGGAUAAGGCCAAUGCGCUAGCACUCAAUCGCCCAUACCUGGUACCGCAGAAACAUUUCUUGUUGUUCGGAAUAUAUUCACGAAUCGUCCGACUGCAUCGACCAUUCCUCUCGAUGAAGCUGCGAGAGCCCGAGUUUUCUGAAUCUCGAACAGUAUGCCUCCAGUACGCGGAGAAGAUCUUGAAGCUUCGCAACAGUAUCGACCUCUCAGGAAUUUGUCACUGCGUAAACUCGUACAGUAUCCGUCAGCACACCUUUGGCGCACUGUUACUUCUGUCGAUGGACAGUAUGCUCGAGACCGAUAUGUUUCGCGCUCAACCUCGAAAAGCAGAGCUGAUCGAGAUCAGUAAGACCUUGAGAGACAAGGAAAUGUCAUCGAACAGAUCCAGUAGCGGCAUUGUGUUUGGAAUUGACAAGUUGAUUGACCUGCUGAGAAAGUCAACUCUAGAUACUCCAGUAUUAGACUCCUCGAGUUCUUCGACAGAGAGAACAGCACAGGUGACGUUGCAAAACCCAAGCCGAUUGCCCUUGAGCGAUAUAAAUGCCCCGGUCACAGCUAGAAGUCUUCCAGACUAUUUUUCGGAGCCAAGUCACACAACCUCGCCGAUGCCGAUGCCGAUGCCGACACCAAUAUUUUCUGAGGUAACUCUGGACGAUUUCCUCAAUCAGAUAGAUGGCAUGGAAGGUUUUGACUGGGAUGGUAUUUUUCCAGUUUGA